AUGAGGUUGGCUCCUUUUACCAAGGCAUGUCUCCUCUAUUGGCUCUUCGCGAGCCCUUGGGUGCUUUGCUCUCCCCUGUCUCGCAAGGACUCUCCCGGAUCCACCUCGAGCCCUGAUCUCAUCUCUGUCCUGUCGAGCGCGGCCCAAGAUCCCGUGGUGGAUGACAAGGUAUCAGAUACUGUCUCCAAGAUUAUAUCCAGCAUUGCAGGGGACAAGAACAUCUAUAGCACGGAGGAUGCACCGGUGCAGCAGGCGUGGAGGAAGAUUGAAGCGAUCUUCACCAGCAGCACCAAUGCGACUCUGUCACAUUUCGCACACGAAAUCAUCGCCUCGGGCCUGAUACCGUCCAAUAUCCUUACGUUUCUGAAUGACUAUUUGAACGCCCCCUUCAACUCAGUCCACAACCUGAACCCCAGCAUACCGGUCCAGUUGAUGAUAUAUCCCUUCAAAGCAGCCGGUGACGCACCUUACUCAAUCACUGAGGGGGAUCUCCGCGCCGCUGUCUAUCUGCCAGCAUCCUUUAUGUAUGGGCAAAAUGGAACAAAGCCCAUAAUCCUGGUCCCCGGGACCGCCGCGCCCGGGGGAACGGCAUUCCAUUCCAACCUUGCAAAGCUAGGCAGCGCCAUCCCUGGGGCUGACGUUGUCUGGGUCAAUGUUCCCCAAGCCUCGCUGGGAGACGUCCAAGUCAAUGCCGAAUACAUAGCAUAUGCGAUCAACUACGUUUCGACCCUCUCCCAGAGCCCGGUUACUGUGAUCUCUUGGUCCCAGGGAGGGCUGAACACCCAGUGGGCAUUCAAGUACUGGCCUUCGACCCGGCACGCGGUUUACGACUUCAUUGCAGUGAGUCCAGACUUCCGAGGGACGGUGGUCAGCACGCUGGCGUGUCCGUGGCUGGCGGGCACCGUUUGCACUCCUGCCCUCUGGCAGCAGGGAUGGGACACCAAGUUCGUCCGCACCCUUCGGGCCACUGGGGGCGACUCAGCGUAUGUCCCCACAACAACCAUCUAUUCUUCCUUCGACGAGAUUGUACAGCUGAUGAGUGGAAGGCAUGCGUCCGCAAUCCUGCAGAAUACGCACGGAGUCGGUGUGUCCAAUAACCAUCUCCAGACCAUCUGCGCUUACUCGCCAGCAGGGGGGGUUUACCCGCACGAGGGAGUGUUGUACAAUCCACUUACAUGGGCGCUUAUCGUCGACGCGCUAAGUCAUGAGGGGCCCGGAGAUCCAUCGCGACUUGACCUCCACCAGGUGUGCGGGCAAUUACUUCCCCCGCAACUGGGUCUGGAUGAUAUGCUAGGGACCGAAGGACUCGUGCUGGUGGCGCUGUCCGAGGUCGUCAGGUACAAGCCGAAGACGUUCAAGGAACCUGAUAUUCAAGGCUACGCCUCCUAG